GCUCCUGUUGGUCCUGUGACCUCACAGUUCAAAAUGGCCGUCUGAGUGGAGAUUGUACACUUUUCCAAAUUAAACAAAUCCAACGGAUAACACUGCCUUCCCUUGCAACUUUAUCUGUCUCUUCUAUGAAGGACUUGUUGUCAUGUCAAUGUUUGACAGUAGCGCUUGUGAAUAGAAGCACCGGAGACUUUGUCUGUCUGAUUUAUGGAGCACCGGAGUCUUGCUAAAGGUUAAAGCGUUCAAGCUCGUUAUGGACAGCUUUUUUAAGGCUGCUGUAUGUGAUCUGGACAAACUCCUUGAUGACUUUGAGCUAAGUUCUGAAGAACUUGAAUGCAAUCCAGUGUACCUGAAGCCGACAGUUUACUGUCCCUUCUCCACUGCAACCUCCUCAUGUUCUUCAUCAGAAACAUCCACUGUUUCUACAACCCUCCCUGACCUCAACUUGCUUCAUUAUGGCUCUGCCUCCCCCUUCCCCGAGCGCUUCAUUAACCAUAACCACACUACAGAAGGAAGAGAGGGCAAAGUUCAACCACUCACAUGCGUGGACCUUCUCUCCUCUGUCAAUCGUACGCAAGUCAAAAGCUCUGCUCCCCCUUGUCCAGAUCGAGCUCUAAAGCCAGUCUGUGACCUUGUAAAUGACACCAGCUCUGCUAUCCUAAUGAACAACAACGAUGCUUUCAGUGAUCUGGACAUGGUGGAGAGGCAGAUGGAGGAGGAAGAGGCAUUGCUUGUACACUUUGACCAACCUCUUGUUCCUGGAAAGAAUACUGCAGGGAAUGGUGAAACUACAAUACGUGAAAGCACUACGGAUGAUCAACUUUCUGCUCAAGGGGAGGAGCAGAGUUUAUAUUUGGCCUCUUUGGACAUCAUUCUUCCAUUGGCAACAGACCGGUCUAGUGAGUCUGCUUUGGACUCAUUCCAAGAACAGAUAACUCAGUCAGUUGAAUGUGAAGAAUUGGCACCUCCCUGCCAAACAGAGGAGAGUUCUUUGAAUCCAUGUGAAGAGGAUGGUCCACAGCCUGUUGAGUGCAAGAAGAUAAAUGAAACAAGCUCUUGCAAGGAAGUGGAAACUAAUGAAUAUUCACAUGAAGAGUGUGAGGAAGAGACUCAAAUCGAGUCAUCAAACUGUCAGCCGAUUAGUUUGUCGUGUUUGCCUUUAGCUGUGUCUAUGUGUGGGUCUCUAGUAAAUCAUGUGGAGACAGUGGAAUGUGAUUUUGAGCAUAGUCUGUCCACUGUAGAUCAUUUGGAGCAAAGCUCAAAGGAACCGUCCGAGUCUCCCAUAAGUCUCCAUGAGGCAGAUGUCAGACUGUCCACCGAUAGUGCUCCCUCAGAUGUUGUCCUACCUGACCACACAGAACCCAGUCCAGUCAACCCUUCUGAGUUUGGCUUUGAGUAUUUACCUGAGAGUGACCAGCCUGAGAUACUGGUCACAGAUGAGGAGUUGGAUGCAUUUCUUCAGGUGCAUAGCAAGGCAGAAGAAGUCAAUAGUGUUUCUUGUUUCAGCUCAUCUGGAGAUUUCCCCGUACUUGAGUCUAUUCCAGAUGAACAGAAAAAGGUUGAGGGUGAAGAGGUGGCGAUUUGUACUCAGGCCAACGGUGAUACUUUUGAUAGUCUUGCUUCCCCAGAAGCUGACAGGACAAUAUUCGUGUCUGUGGACAGAAAUCUAAUAGAUGGUGCUCAGUCAGACUGCUCUUCUAGUCCUCCUGGGGUAAACAGUUUGGCAACCAGCAACACAUUCCAGUCCCAGCAUAGCAGUAGCACUGAACAUGGAGGUGCUCGGCCUAAAAUGCUUUUCUGCCAGACCUCCAGACCACAACCAGCAGAAGGGGAGCAACUUCAAAACACCAUUGGAUCUACAUCACAGCCAGGGGUGUCUGAGAUCAAGUCCACUUCACCCACAAUGUACAGUCCAGUAGAGGAGCCGAAUGACCUCAGUGAAUGUAGCUAUGUGCAUAGCCCUCAGGACCAUGACAGUUACUGUCCAGGCUAUGAUGAGCUGUCAGAGCCUCCACCAUAUCCUGGAGAGGCCAUCACUGGCAGUGUACAUUGUGCAGAGUGGAAAAGGGAGGGGGAGGAGGAGCCGGGGAACAAGCAGCCUGCAUGGAUGCCUGACGCAGAAGCUCCAAACUGUGUCAAUUGUGCUCAGAAGUUUACAUUCACCAGAAGGAGGCAUCACUGUCGAGCAUGUGGGAAGGUAUAUUGUGGUGUAUGCUGUAACAGAAAGUCCAAGCUGAAGUACCUUCAGAAAGAGGCUCGCGUAUGUGUCAUCUGUUUUGAUUCAAUACAACGUGCCCAAGCUCUGGAGCGGAUGAUGAGCCCUACCGGGCCCAGUCCAAACCCGAACAUCCCAUCUGAAUACUGCAGUACAAUCCCACCUCUGCAGCAGGCCCGCGCCGCAGGCACUUUGAACUCUCCUCCUCCCACCGUCAUGGUUCCUGUGUCUGUUCUCAAGCACCCAACCAAUGAAAAUUGUCCACGGGAGCAGAAACGCGUGUGGUUUGCAGAUGGAAUUUUACCUAAUGGAGAAUUUGCAGACACUACAAAGCUUUCUGUGGCGAGCCGUAAAAGUGGAGAAUUCACGCCUGACCAAACACCGAGCCCAGCUGAGUCCGACACUGGAAGUAGUGGCCAAUCUACUGCUGAAACAACUGUUGCUGCAGAAAUUGAACGACCACUCCUUUCUGGUCCCUGGGAUUUCACCUUGCUCUCUGCUAUCAGUUCUUCUGUGAGAAUGAUCCCCAGUCUCCUGCCAGAUAAUGUGGAUGAGCUGCCUCCAUUACUAAUUACCACUGGAGAGACAGAAGUUGGAGAUGUUCUUGUGGAGGAAGCUCCAGCCCCCUGUCAGAUUCUGCAUUUAUUGGAGGAAGGAGGACCUCGCCCUUUAAUGUUCGUGCUGAAUGCCAACUUGCUGGUCAAUGUCAAAAUAGUAACUUAUAGUAGUCGCCAAUGCUGGUGCUUUGGAUCGACAGGUCUGCAGGCUUUGGGACAGAAAGAGUUGGUAUUUCUUUUGGAGUGUUUGCCAGAUGAAAAGUCACUGCCACAAGAUCUUUUUACCCUUUAUCUCAACAUUUACCAAGAUGCACAAAAAGGGAAGUUUAUAGAUUGCCUGGAUAACAUUACGUUCACGAGCAGUUUUCUGGGCAGCAAGGAUCAUGCCGGGAUGCUUUUCUUCUCUCCCAGCUGUCAGGCUCUAGAUGGCCUUAGUCUGCCUCCUCAGCCUUUCCUCUUUGGCCUGCUCAUACAGAAGCUAGAAGUGCCCUGGGCUAAAGUCUUUCCUCUGCGACUUCUUCUACGACUGGGUUCUGAAUAUGAUGUCUAUCCCACACCCCUGUCAAGUGUGCGUUUUAGGGAUGCUGUGUACCGGGAAACAGGCCACACAAUAAUGAAUUUACUGUCCGAUCUUAGAAACUACCAGUACAGUCUGCCUGUGGUGGACGGCUUGCGAAUCCACAUGGAAAUGGGCCAUAGUUACAUUGACAUCCCCAAAAGCAGCUUCAGUGAGAUGCUUAAAGUUGUAAAUUCAUCCAAUGAGCAUGUGAUCAGUGUUGGAGCAACGUUUAGCCCUGAGGCUGACUCUCACCUAGUCUGUUUUCAAAAUGAGGAAGGAAACUAUCAAACUCAAGCUAACAGCAUGCCUGGAAAGACACGGACAGUGACGGGGGCCAGUUUUGUGGUUUUUAAUGGAGCGCUUAAACCUUCUUCAGGUUUUAAAGCAAAGUCCAGCAUUGUAGAAGAUGGACUGAUGGUGCAGAUCCCACCAGAGACCAUGGAGUCCCUCCGCGCAGCCCUCAGAGAGCAAAGAGACUUUGACAUAGCUUGUGGCAAAAGCGAUGGCACAGAAGUUAGAGAAACUGUCACUGUGCGGUGGAUCAACUGGAGUGCACCCGUCAAUAAGGGAAAAACAAGUGCAGUGGAUGGGAACUCAUUGGAUGGAGUUCACAGUAUGAGAGUUCAGCAGGACACAGAAUUUGAAUCCGAUGGCCGUUCAAUUAGAUGUACUGAGGUUUUCUGCCAGUUGAAGUGUCCUGACACCAGCCUUAUGUCUGUGCUGGCCUCAUGCAGUGCUUUUCAAAAAGACAUUGCUUUAGCCACAUGCAGCGCCCUCACCCCACAUCUCUCUGUGCUCAUGUCCAGUGGUAUUAACUCGCUAUCACUGCGAGUCUCUACACAGGCUGACAUGGUUGAGUAUCAAGCUGGUUCUAGAGGACGGCUUCUCCCACAGCGUUACAUGAAUGAGCUAGAUAGUGCUUUAAUACCGGUCAUCCACGGAGGAAGUGCAAGUGUUCCACAAACUGCUAUGGACAUGGAGUUUGUUUUCUUCAUUACAUACACCAUUUGAUGUGACCAUGAUGCAUGACAAGCCUAAGAUGGUUGAUAAUGAAACUAUAAACUAUGAUAUAAAUGAUGUGGGAUGUACGGUUUGGAUAAGGAACUGCUAGUCCUGCAGACACCAAAGCUGCUUAUAUUCAGGAAGCCAAAUGCUAAUCAAGGACACCCUCACCAAAAAACAUAAACUGUUGGUGGUGUUUAUUUUCUGCCUUCCAGCCUGGGGCCACUCAGUGAAUGUUCAUGCAACACUUAUUUGGAUGUAUUUAUUCUUUAUAGUUUUUGCUGAUGAUUUAAAUUAAAUCAAGGGACAGUCACAAUUGUACCAGGUCUGUAUGAUGGAGAGCUUUUAAAACUACUAUUUUUCAAAUUAAUUUGUCAGUGACUAUUUACACUUUCAUUUUAAUUGCAUGUAUGCAUAUGGGACUUUCAUAAUAUCAAUUGACAAAGCUUUUAGAAUUACCGUAUAUAAUUUGCUAAAUCAGACAUCAGAUGUUAUUUCAUCUUCCCAUAAAUUGCUUGAAUUGCAUUUAUCCCUUUUCAUUACCAGUUGAAAUCAAGUGAUGGCAUUAUGCAAUUUCAUUUAAAAUUUCUCAGAAAAUGGCUGACUGGACUGGUUUUGUGCUUAGAUUUAUUCACUGUACCACACUUUAGACCACACUUAAACAUAAGCACAAUGUGGUCCUGUUUCUGAAUGAAUGUCUGCAGUAGUUUUGUCUGCAUCAUACAAACCUGGCUGAUGUGAUUAACUACAUUUUGUAAAUGUAUUUGUGACAACUGCUUCUCAAGCUAUUCUAUUUGCUAUCUUUUUCUGGACAUAGUGCAAGAGCAGUUAGUUAUACAUCUUGCAUUUUGUCUUUCCUCUGUAUGCUCUCCCAAUGUACAGAAAAUAUACUUUAUGCAAAUGAGGCUCCACUACUACCCAGUUGUUUUUAAUGGAUGUAAUUUUUUUGGAGUCCAUGGUAAAAGUUUAAUUAAACAGAAUAAUCACAUAUUUUUGAUAGAGAGAUGGCAGUUAGCUGUAGUUUUUGUGUUGUACAGGGAUGAAAAGCAUAUUACCAGUAAUCAACUAUACUGCUUAAUGCAAUUCAUCUAUUUGAGCAAAUGUGCACAUGUUAUGAAAAAAUCAAUGGAGCCAGCAUUUUUGACUUACUGAGUUAAUUAAAUGAUAAUCAAUGUUAAUUUUUUUCCUUUGAAUUUGCCGGUAGUGGUCAAGGGAGUAGCAGAGGGUGUUGGCUGUUUCAGUAUUUUGUUGUGGUGAGCCUCUGGCAUUUUUAUGUUCUUUUUAUUAGCAGUUAAUAUUCUUUUUUCAAUUAUUCAAUUAUAUAACUCCUCUAUUCAUCGACACCAGCUUUAUUUUAAAGAAUCCGAACCCUAUGUAUCUGAUGAGCUUAUGUUUAAACUAAAAGAUUAAAAUAUAUUUAUAAAUU